AUGGAGUACCCUUAUCACUCCGUGCGGAACAGCGAGGACCGGCCCAGUCUCGAGCAGCCAAGCGGUGCGGGCCAGCCAGACACCCGGAUGCAUCGACAGCCACUGCUUCAAGACGGAGCACCUCCAAGCGACAACAACCCCAUAUCCAAGAUCCAGUCGUCGCCGACUGCGUCUAGGCUUGAGAGCGCAGCCCAUUCGUCCCUGAUGUGGAACCCGCUGUGGCUCCAUCAAGGUGUCCUACUCGGGUUCUCGACGGCUUUCAUUCUCAUGGCACUUGCCGUGGGCCUGGUCUAUCGUCUCUCAGAGAUGGAUAACGGUCUUGCUUCCCAGAACGAAUCAAGACGAUACCUAUGGACCUUCGGACCAACCGCAUUCCUCACCAUCGUUAUGAGCUUCUGGGGUCGGGUCAACUUCGCGACUAGACAACUGACGCCGUGGACGGAGCUACGAACCGGCCCAUCGCCAGCGGAGAAAAGUAUCCUCGCUGACUACAUAUCACCUAUGUUCCCGGUCGUCGUUCUAGACUCUUUCCGGAGACGACACUGGGCGAUUCUCAUAUCUUCAUUUGCAGUUGUGCUCUUGAAACUGACGACAGCCUUCUCCACCGGCCUCAUGAUCCUGGAGCCGACACAGAUGGUCGCAGAAAACAUUGAAUUCCGCUUGUCUUCAAGGUUUGACGCGACGUCAUUUGACGCCAACAACAUGUCUGGCGCAACAAUCGUUGGCCCUAUAUCGUAUGCAAUCACCGCAAAAGGCCUUCCUUACCCACUUGGCACCGCACCGGAUGUCGUUGUUCAGGACUUUGAUACUCAAGAUCCAGGUCCUGCACUAGGCGUGUACUCAGCCAACGUUACCGGCUUCAAUCCUGACCUGGACUGCAAAGUUGUCGAUGUCGAUACCGCGGAUGUUAGAGACGCCACUUUUCCGUGGCUGAAUGUUGUCGGAAUGGUGUUUGUUGUCAAUAUAUCAACACCAGACUGCAAAAUCGACAACGCACUGGUUGGACAAACCGCGGACCACUCGUUCGUGUACCGGAAGAACAUUACGCAAAAUUAUCAAGGCAACAUCCAAAACUAUACGUGCAACAGGCAGGGCAACCAGCUUGAACCACUCAAUCCGGGUCGCAGUGCUGCAGAUGGACAUUCAGAUCAGAGAGUACUGCUGACCAUGGCCGAUCUACGUUGGUCGCCUAUUUCGAAUGGUCGGGACAUGCCGGAUCUGGAAUCAUAUAAGGUUGUGGGCCUCACUGCAUUACUUUGCCGGCCAACGUAUCUCCUGAACACCUACACGGUGAGAAAGUCCGCCAGUCCAAACAGUUCCGUAAUUUCGAUGGACAUGUCAAUGUCCCAGAGCAAUACGAGUCGGCUCAAAGGCUUUCCCAUAGAGCAGUUUGCGGGUAGCAUGGUCAAUACUUUUGAGCACAUGAGACUGGGGCCCGGGGGUGAAGACUACGUUCUCACGAAUCCGGUGCCAAACUUCUACCAAGUCCUAUCCGCUGUCAACAACGAUUCAGGAUUGGAACCAUUCAUGGAUGCCCAGCUUUUAAGAAACAUAAGCACAGCUGUCUGGCGAAACACUGCUGUCCAGUACGCUCGAGAAUAUCUCAUGGUACCGGCAAACGACUCCGCUAUUGGCUCAAUGUUAUACAACCAGAACCGGAUCCAGGUCAAGCGGCUCACAGCGAUUUCCAUGAUGGCUCUACUCGGAGCGCUUUCCUUCGUUUCGUUUGGCGUUUGGUGGUUCAGGCCAAAGCCCGCGGUUCCGCGCGAUCCAGCACCACUUGUUGCAACGGCAGCAUUACUAGCAGCCAGCCCCGACUUUUCCAAGCUGAUGACGGGCCUAGGAGCAGCAAGAACUAGCGCUAUUCGCAAGGCCACCACUGGUAAAUGCUUCCGGACCACCGUCUCAAACGAGCACUUCACUCUGGAGAUGCAAGAUUGCAAGGGACUUAAGCCUCGGCCUGGUCAGAAUUCUCUCAAGGAGGAGCAAGUCAAAUGGUGGAGGCCUGCCGCUACGAGGACAUGGUUCUUGAUCCUCACGGCCUUUUUGUCACUCGCCGUUGCGGUUCUACUCAUUGUCUUGCAGCAGGUCUCUGACACGCAGCAAGGCAUACUAGACAUUGCUCCUCAGUUCCGUGUGGUCCCAAGGUAUCUAACGGCGCUCAUCAUGCUUUCCAUUGCUACUCUGUAUUCGAGCAUCGAGGGCGUGUCGGAGAUAUUUGCCCCGUUCUCGCGCUUAAAAGCAGGUAACGCCUCGGCACAGUCAACAACAGAAUUCAACGUCGUGGGGAAACUGCUUCCACAUGCCAUCCUAAUCUCAGCUAAGAAUGCUCACUUUCAGCACGUCCUAAGUGGGAUAGCGCUUUUCGCGGCAGGGUUCCUGACUAUAAUUGCCUCUGGUCUUUACACAGUCGCUACCGUUCAAGUUGUCGAGACAGUAACGCUCAGACAGAUGGAUAGCUUCAACUUCAACCAGGGAGAGCUUUCGAUCGAUGAUCGCAAUGCUGCAGCAACUACCAGCAUUCUUGAGUACACCAACUUGAGCUACCCAUCCUGGACGUACGGGGAUCUCGCCUUCAACAAGUUGGACACGUUAGCGGACUUAGGUGGAGACGGGGUGAUCAACUUGAACCUCUCUGCGUAUCGCGCUACGAUUGACUGCAUACCGUACACCGUCCAAGAGAAUACUAUCAGAGUGGACGGAUGGCCAGAUGGAGCCGAAUACUCGCAGUUCGAGCUCGAUGUCAGCGUUCCAGUCCGGUGCGUACACAAUUACACCAACCACACGAAGGUGCAGUGGAGCCAGGUAUAUCUAUUCCCGUUCAAUCUGCCGACUUUCUACAGCGGCAAAGCCACAUGGUUUACGUGGGGUACUGGCUCAGAGGGAGACUUGACUGGCGACGGUGCAAUGACCAAUCAUCCUUUCCAAGGUUAUUCUAGCUGGUGGUGGGACCUCCCCACCGGCAACCACGGGUGCCCGACUUUUGGUUUCACCAUUGCCUCCUCAGCAGUGGUCCCCGGGGGAACCAGCAGUAACACGACAAUAAAAACCAACGCCACCCUUGUCAUGUGCACUCAACACCUCGAGCAGCUCACCGCCAACGUCACCCUCCGCGCCACCGACCUCUCCAUCGACCCGGCCCACCCACCCGCACCCGACGAAUCCACGCGGAAGCGCCUCAAAAGCCCUGCCACGGACAGCGAGGUCUGGGAAUGGCCGCUCAACGAGUUCCUCCUCAAGAUGGUCGACCUCAGCCCCACGCCGCAGCUGCAGCGCUUCGACUCGGUCGACCGCGCCGACGUCAACACCGAGUACUUCUUCCCGGGUAUCGACGGCUUCAUCAAAACGCUCGUCGACGGCAAGGUCCGCACAAGCAUCGACUCGCUCGUGGGCACGGACGAGGCGCACCAGGCCGCCUUCGUGAACGCCGGACGCCGGCUCUACUCGCUGUACAUGGCGCAGGCAAUCUCAGCCAACAUGCGCGACACAAAGAGCAGGGUCGACACCGACGGCAGCUCUGGCAUCCUCACACGCGCUCCCGGCCACCGGUGGCGCCUGCGCCAGAACCGCGGCCCGGCCGUUGCGCUCGCCGCCCUGCUCUGCUUCCUCGCCGCCGUCACGCUGCUGCUGAUCGUUGUCUGGGACCGCGCCAAGGUGCUGCCACACAACCCCUGCACCAUUGCCGGCGUGGCAAGCUUGCUGGUGGGUUGCGAGUUCAGCCAUAACAUUGUUGACUAG